AUGAUGAUGCUCCUCAUGGUGGUUCUUCCCUCCCUGCUUACGGGUGGCCUUGCCAUCCGCGACAUGACAGAAGAACCUACGGAGCAGCAGCAGAUCGGACCGGAGGUGAGUCAAGAGCCCGGUGAGGCUUCACCAAUCAAAGAAGCCGCUGCUGAAAGGAAGAAAACGUUGGAGGAGAAGGGAGACACGGACACAAACAUGACGGAGUGCAGGCCUGUAACUGUCAAGCUUCCGCACUUAUACAGACCAGGUGUAGUCCUUUCUUCAACAUCUUCUGGGCAGGGAGCCGCGGUUUUGUGUCCAGCGUACUAUGUGAAUGAAAGUUGCGCAUCCCGGACCCUGCUGGGAAAGCAUCUUUCUGGUAGAGCAUUCGAAACGUACGUGCGCAAGAUUGGGGAUCUCGAUGCAAGCCAGCACGACUACGAAACAAUCUUGCUUCAUUGGGCAUCAAUGGUACGCGGCCGAAAGGACUACCCGGUCGAGUUGGGAUGUGAUGUCCAAGCAUUUACGCCGCUAGGAGACGUGGACUAUGUCCUGGUGGCUUGCAGUUGUGCAGCGCUUCUGCCACUUCUACUUGUGUUUGCAUGUCUGGGGGUGUUCAUCGUGCCAUGCUUCUUUUGCCGGCUGUGUGGUGCUUGCGGUGGGAUCGUGUUGGCAGCAGUUCCUCCAGGUCCUCAAUCUCCCGAUCACGUUGCAACCUGGCUGGAGCAAAGCUGGUUCACACGUGCCACUGAUUGGAGUUGCGUGCGGGUUGGUGUUGUGAUCGUCUUCGCUUCUCUCUUGUUGUGGGCCUGCUUCCCGCUCUCGGGAUUUCCGACACUGCAGACGGCUGUGGUGUGGUUCAUAUGCCUAUGCCAUCUCAUGCUGGGUCUCUCCGUCAUUUGGGGCCUCCGUUGUAUGAGCAGGGUCACGUUUGCCUACUCCGCUGAAGACCUUCGGAUGUCAUUGCGAAGCGAGUUCCGCUUGAUAGCCUGUAUGCUUGCACCGAAAAUCCUUCUGUCUGUUAUGCUUUGCAUAGGGAUGCUGUGUGCGGGCCUCCCUGUGGUGUGCUGCCAAUUGUACCUGAGAUCGACGCCUUUAGUGGAAUCACUUUUAAAUCCAUGGUCUGUCGUACGGCUGCUGGCUUUUCUUUGUUGUGAAGGCCUGACCUUCCUCAUGAUGAGCAGAUUCUUGCUUGAGGCAGCCAUUGCAGGCCGCAUUGUUGAGGCAGAGAUUGUCGAAGUAAAAAGGGGCCUUGACAUAGUGGUGGCAGACCCAGAUCUGGUGACGAAGGCCCGCACGGGUUGCGGGAGGCUCGCAAAAGAGAUCCUUCCCGAGCUGGCAAAGAUUAGUGGACCAACCCUGUGCCUGGCAGCGUUGAAGGGUGCCACUCAUUUUGCCUAUGUUAUUGGCUGGCUCGAUGUGACAGGCCAUCUGAGUGAUUCGGCAUUUGCGACAGAGGUGUUCCUCUGUACCCUUUGCUUGGCAUGGGCGCUGCUGGAUCUUCUGGUUGGACCUCUAUGCCUCUUCCUGCCCGCUAGAGUUUCUGAUGCCUUUGCAGACCUACUGGAAAUCUUGAAUGAGCUGCGGAUCAAGCCGGUCAAGGAAGGUUGCAGUGCUGAGGUGGACAGAGAAAUUCGACUCAUUCGCAGCUUCAUCAAAGAUGCAAACCGCGGGAAUGGCUUGGGCUUCAAACUACUCGGGACAGUAGUGGACAAGCAGACGAUUAUUUCGAUGGCCACGAAGCUCAUCGCCGCGUCCUCCGUCGUAGUGACAUUGCUGCGCCAGGUCUACAAAGUGGGACAGGAUGAAAUGGAGGCGCAAGCUCUGCUCAGGGGAGAUGGAGCCGUGUAUAGCUGA